AUCGCACCAUUCCAGGAAGCCAGGACCAUGAACUUGGCAGCAGACAGGGCUCCUGGGCGCCAGUGGCUGUCACUGCAACCCCCAUCAGUAUUUCAGUUUCUUCGAGUCUUUUGGCUGCUGUCAUUACUGCCCAGGCCGGCCUGGGUGUACGGGACUGAGCAGCGCCAGGUGUUCCAGGUGCUGGAAGAGCAACCGCCCGGCACUCUGGUAGGCACCAUCCAGACGCGACCCGGCUUCACCUACCGGCUCAGCGAAAGCCACGCCCUGUUUGCCAUAAACAGUAGCACCGGAGCUCUGUACACCACCGCCACCAUCGACCGCGAGAGCCUGCCCAGCGAUGUGAUCAAUCUGGUGGUCCUUUCCAGUGCUCCAACCUACCCCACCGAAGUGCGAGUGCUGGUCCGGGACCUCAAUGACAACGCCCCCGUCUUCCCAGACCCCUCAAUCGUGGUCAGUUUCAAGGAGGACAGUAGCAGCGGGCGUCAAGUCAUCUUGGACACAGCCACCGACUCGGACAUCGGCUCCAACGGUGUGGACCACCGCUCCUACCGCAUCGUCAGGGGCAACGAGGCGGGCCGCUUCCGCCUGGACAUCACCCUGAACCCGAGCGGCGAGGGCGCGUUCCUGCAUCUGGUGUCCAAGGGCGGGCUGGACCGCGAGGUCACGCCACAGUACCAGCUCCUGGUGGAGGUGGAAGACAAGGGCGAGCCGAAGCGGCGGGGCUACCUUCAGGUAAAUGUGACUGUGCAAGAUAUUAAUGACAACCCCCCGGUUUUUGGCAGUUCCCACUACCAGGCGGGGGUGCCUGAGGAUGCGGUUGUGGGCUCCAGUGUCCUCCAGGUGGCGGCGGCAGACGCAGACGAGGGCACCAACGCGGAAAUACGUUAUCGACUGCAGGACGAGGGGACCCCCUUCCAAAUGGACGCAGAGACCGGGCUUAUCACGGUGAGGGAGCCCCUGGACUUCGAGGCCCGGCGCCAGUACUCGCUGACCGUGCAGGCGAUGGACCGAGGCGUGCCUUCUCUCACUGGGCGUGCGGAAGCGCUGAUCCAGCUGUUGGACGUGAAUGACAAUGACCCGGUGGUGAAGUUUCGCUACUUCCCGGCCACCUCGCGCUAUGCCUCAGUGGAUGAGAACGCUCAAGCAGGCACUGUGGUGGCAUUGCUCACCGUAACUGACGCAGAUUCCCCCGCGGCCAACGGGAACAUCUCUGUGCAAAUUCUCGGGGGAAAUGAGCAGCGCCACUUUGAGGUACAGAGAAGUAAAGUCCCUAACCUGAGCCUAAUCAAAGUGGCCAGCGCCCUGGACAGGGAGCGCAUCCCUUCCUAUAAUCUCACGGUUUCUGUCUCUGAUAACUAUGGGGCGCCCCCUGCCGCAGAGGUCCGGGCCCGCUCUUCUGUUGCAAGCCUGGUGAUUUUUGUCAAUGACAUCAAUGACCAUCCUCCUGUCUUUGCCCAGCAAGUGUACAGAGUGAACCUGAGCGAGGAAGCGCCUCCAGGAAGUUAUGUGAGUGGGGUGUCUGCCACUGAUGGUGACUCUGGUCUCAAUGCAAAUCUGCGUUACAGCAUCGUCUCUGGCAAUGGACUAGGGUGGUUCCGUAUCAGUGAACAUAGUGGCCUGGUGACCACUGGGGCUGCUGAGGGCCUGGACCGUGAACUUGCUUCCCAGAUUGUACUGAACAUCAGUGCCAGGGACCAAGGAGUUCACCCCAAGGUUUCCUAUGCCCAGCUUGUGGUAACUCUCCUGGAUGUGAAUGACGAGAAGCCAGUAUUCACCCAGCCAGAAGGGUAUGAUGUGUCUGUGGUUGAGAAUGCCCCACCAGGGACAGAACUCCUGGUGCUUGGGGCAACUGAUGGGGACCUGGGUGAUAAUGGAACAGUACGCUUCUCCCUACAAGAGGCUGAGAGUGACCAGAGGUCUUUCCGCCUAGAUCCUGUGUCUGGGAGGUUGAGUACCAUCUCCUCCAUGGACAGGGAGGAGCAUGCCUUCUACUCCUUGCUGGUUCUGGCCACAGAUCUGGGCUCUCCUCCCCAGUCAGCAGUAGCCCGCAUAAAUGUGACUCUUCUGGAUGUGAAUGACAAUAAUCCUGUGUUUUACCCAGUCCAAUACUUUGCUCAUAUUCAGGAGAAUGAACCUGGAGGGAGCUAUGUCACCACAGUGUCUGCCACUGACCCAGACUUGGGUCCCAAUGGAACUGUCAAAUAUAGUAUAUCAGCUGGGGACAGGUCUCGGUUUCAGAUCAAUGCUCAAAGUGGAGUCAUUUCUACAAGAAUGGCCCUGGAUAGAGAAGAAAAAACAGCAUACCAGUUACAAAUAGUGGCUACUGAUGGUGGCAAUUUACAAUCUCCCAGCCAGGCCAUAGUAACUGUCACAGUAUUGGACACUCAGGAUAAUCCACCUGUGUUCAGCCAGGCCGCCUACAGCUUUGUGGUUUUUGAGAAUGUGGCCCUGGGAUAUCAUGUGGGUAGUGUGUCUGCUUCUACCAUGGAUCUCAAUUCCAACAUCAGUUAUCUCAUUACUUCUGGGGAUCAGAAAGGUAUGUUUGCUAUCAACCAGGCUACAGGGCAGCUUACUACAGCAAGUGUGAUUGACAGAGAAGAGCAAUCCUUUUAUCAGCUGAAAGUGGUGGCCAGUGGGGGCACAGUGACUGGAGACACUGUGGUUAACAUCACAGUUAAGGAUUUGAAUGAUAACUCACCACAUUUCCUUCAGGCAGUAGAGAGUGUUAAUGCGGUGGAGAAUUGGCAGGCAGGUCACAGCAUUUUCCAAGCCAAAGCUGUGGACCCUGAUGAAGGUGUCAAUGGUAUGGUACUCUAUAGUCUGAAGCAAAACCCCAAGAACUUGUUUGCUAUCAAUGAAAAGAAUGGUACUAUUAGCCUGCUAGGGCCCCUGGAUGUUCAUUCUGGGUCUUACCAAAUAGAGAUCUUGUCAUGUGACAUGGGUGUGCCACAACUCUCUUCUAGUGUCAUCUUAACAGUUUAUGUCCAUGAUGUAAAUGACAACCCACCAGUGUUUGACCAGAUUUCUUAUGAGGUCACCCUCUCUGAGUCAGAACCUGUGAAUUCUCGAUUCUUUAAAGUGCAAGCUUCUGAUAAGGAUUCAGGAGCAAAUGGAGAAAUUGCAUACACCAUUGCACAAGGAAACACUGGGGAUGCUUUUGGCAUAUUCCCAGAUGGUCAAUUGUAUAUAAAAAGUGAACUGGACCGUGAAUUGCAAGACAGAUACGUUUUGCUGGUUGUUGCUUCUGACAGAGCUGUGGAGCCCCUUAGUGCUGCUGUGAACGUCACUGUGAUUUUAGAAGAUGUCAAUGAUAACAGACCCCUUUUUAACAGUACAAAUUAUACAUUUUACUUUGAAGAGGAGCAGAAAGCUGGGUCAUUUGUGGGCAAAGUAAGUGCUAUAGAUAAAGACUUUGGGUCAAAUGGAGAAGUAAGGUAUUCUUUUGAAAUGGUGCAGCCAGAUUUUGAGUUGCAUGCUAUCACUGGAGAAAUUAGAAAUACUCAUGAGUUUGACAGGGAGUCUCUUAUGAGGAGAAGAGGGACUGCAGUGUUUACCUUUAUAGUCAUAGCAACAGAUCAAGGGCUCCCUCAGCCUCUCAAGGAUCAGGCCACUGUCCAUGUGUACAUGAAAGAUAUAAAUGAUAAUGCUCCUAAAUUUUUAAAAGACUUUUACCAAGCUACAAUAUCAGAGACAGCAGCCAACCUGACACAGGUUUUAAGAGUGUCUGCCUCAGAUGUUGAUGAAGGCAAUAAUGGACUUAUUCAGUACUCUGUAAUCAAAGGGAAUGAAGAACGGCAGUUUGCUGUAGACAGCACCUCUGGUCAGGUAACACUAAUUGGCAAAUUAGACUAUGAAGCAACACCUGCCUAUUCCCUUAUAAUUCAAGCAAUAGAUUCAGGAACAAUCUCCCUCAAUUCAACCUGUACCUUAAAUAUUGAUAUUUUAGAUGAAAAUGACAAUACUCCUUCUUUCCCUAAGUUAACACUAUUUGUCGAUGUUUUGGAAAACAUGAGAAUUGGUGAACUCGUGUCCUCUGUUACUGCCACUGAUUCUGAUUCAGGUGACAAUGCUGAUUUACAUUACAGUAUUACUGGGACUAACAACCAUGGAACUUUUAGCAUUAGUCCCAAUACUGGGAGUAUUUUUCUUGCCAAAAAAUUGGACUUUGAAACACAGUCUUUGUAUAAAUUAAAUAUAACAGCAAAAGACCAUGGAAGGCCUCCUCGUUCAGCUACAAUGUCAGUGGUGAUACAAGUGAGAGACUUCAAUGACAAUGCUCCUAGCUUUCCUCCUGGAGACAUUUUCAAGUCAAUUGUUGAGAACAUUCCCAUUGGUACUUCUGUCAUUUCUGUGACUGCACACGACCCGGAUGCAGACAUUAAUGGGCAGCUGACCUAUGCAAUCGUUCAACAGAUGCCAAGAGGCAACCACUUUAGCAUAGAUGAAAUCAAAGGCACUGUAUACACUAGUGCUGAAAUAGAUCGAGAGUUUGCUAAUCUCUUUGAAUUAACGGUAAAAGCCAACGAUCAAGCUGUGCCCAUAGAAACGAGACGGUAUGCGCUGAAAAAUGUGACCAUUUUAGUUACAGACCUCAAUGACAAUGUCCCAAUGUUUAUAUCACAAAACGCCCUUGCUGCAGACCCUUCUGCUUUGAUUGGCUCCGUUCUGACAACAAUUAUGGCUGCUGACCCAGAUGAAGGCGCUAAUGGGGAGGUGGAGUAUGAGAUUGUCAAUGGGGACACAGGCACAUUUGUUGUGGAUCGUUACAGUGGAGACUUGAGAGUGGCUUCUGCACUGGUGCCCUCGCAGCUCAUCUACAAUCUCAUAGUCUCUGCCACGGACCUUGGCCCUGAAAGAAGGAAAUCAACCACUGAAUUGACCAUCAUUCUUCAGGGCCUUGAUGGACCUGUGUUUACUCAACCCAAAUACAUAACUAUUUUGAAGGAAGGGGAGCCCAUUGGCACCAAUGUGAUCUCAAUAGAAGCAGCCAGCCCCAGGGGAUCAGAGGCCCCAGUGGAAUACUACAUUGUUUCAGUUCGUUGUGAAGAGAAAACGGUUGGACGCCUCUUUACAAUUGGGCGACAAACUGGCAUGAUUCAGACUGCAGCCAUUCUGGACCGGGAGCAGGGAGCAUGUCUUUACCUGGUGGAUGUUUAUGCCAUAGAAAAAUCGUCUGCCCUGCCCAGAACACAAAGAGCAGAGGUGGAAAUAACACUUCAGGAUAUUAAUGACAACCCACCAGUGUUUCCAACAGACAUGCUGGAUCUCACCGUGGAAGAGAACAUUGGAGAUGGCUCAAAGAUCCUACAGCUAACAGCCCUGGAUGCUGAUGAGGGUGCCAAUGCCCUGGUCACCUAUGCCAUCAUCAGUGGAGCCGAUGACAGCUUCCGCAUCGACCCCGAGUCUGGAGAUCUGAUAGCCACCAAGAGGCUGGACAGGGAGCGGCGCUCCAAGUACUCACUGCUGGUCCGUGCAGACGAUGGUCUGCAAUCCUCGGACAUGAGGAUCAACAUAACGGUCAGUGAUGUGAAUGACCACACACCCAGAUUCUCCAGGCCAGUGUACUCCUUCGACAUCCCAGAAGACACAACUCCCGGUUCUUUGGUAGCAGCUAUUUUGGCCGUAGAUGACGACUCUGGUGUGAAUGGAGAAAUUACAUAUGUCGUGAGUGAAGACGACGAAGAUGGCGUAUUUUUUCUGAAUCCAGUUACUGGAGUCUUCAAUUUGACUCGAGCAUUAGAUUAUGAAGCACAGCAGUAUUACAUCCUCACUGUUCGUGCUGAAGAUGGUGGCGGACAAUUUGCUUCCAUCAGAGUUUAUUUCAAUGUCCUAGAUGUAAAUGACAAUCCACCUGUUUUCAGCUUGAGUUCGUACAGCACCUCUUUAAUGGAAAAUCUACCUCUAGGAUCUACUGUUCUUGUGUUUAGUGUUACUGAUGCAGAUGAUGGCAUCAACUCCCAGUUGGCUUAUAGCAUUGCUUCAGGCGAUAGUCUUGGGCAGUUCACAGUUGACAAGAAUGGUGUGCUGAAAGUCCUGAAAGCUUUGGACCGUGAAAGUCAGUCCUUCUACAACCUCGUGGUUCAGGUGCAUGACCUGCCACAGCUCCCAGCCUCCAGAUUCACAAGCACUGCUCAAGUCUCCAUCAUUCUGUUGGACGUCAAUGAUAACCCACCAAUAUUUCUUUCUCCUAAACUGACAUACAUUCCAGAAAACACACCUAUCGAUACUGUUGUUUUCAAGGCUCAAGCAACUGACCCAGACAGUGGCCCAAACAGCUACAUUGAGUACACUCUGCUGAGCCCUUUGGGAAACAAGUUCAGUAUUGGGACCAUUGAUGGAGAAGUGAGGCUCACAGGAGAACUGGACAGAGAAGAUGUUUCUAAUUAUACUCUGACCGUGGUGGCUACAGACAAGGGUCAACCAUCUCUGUCUUCAUCUACAGAGGUCGUAGUUAUGGUGCUGGAUAUCAAUGAUAACAGCCCCACCUUCGCACAGCCUUUGUAUAAAGUGGAAAUUCACGAAAACACACUAACAGGAACAGACAUCACACAGGUAUUCGCAGCAGAUGCAGAUGAAGGAACAAAUGGACAGGUCCGCUAUGGCAUCAUUGAUGGCAACACCCAUCAGGAAUUUCGGAUUGACUCUGUCACAGGUACCAUCACUGUGGCUAGGCCUUUGGAUAGAGAGAAGACCCCUACUUACGUUUUAAUUGUUCAGGCUACAGAUCGGGGCAGCACCCCCCGAACUGACACCUCCAAUGUCAACAUUGCUUUACUGGACAUUAAUGACUUUGUCCCCAUAUUUGAACUAUCUCCAUAUUCUGUAAACGUUCCUGAGAAUUUAGGGACACUUCCCAGGACCAUUCUUCAGGUGGUAGCAAGAGAUGACGAUCAAGGAUCGAACAGCAAACUCUCGUAUGCUCUGUUGGGUGGAAAUGAGGACAAUGCUUUUAUUCUCUCAGUCAAUGGAGAUCUUAGAGUGACACAGAGUCUGGACAGAGAAACAAAGGAGCACUUUGUCCUGAUGGUCACAGCCACAGAUUCAGGAUCCCCUGCCUUGACUGGAACUGGAACAAUCAAUGUCAUUGUAGAUGAUAUUAAUGACAAUGUCCCCACUUUUGCUAGUAAAAUGUAUUUCACAGCAAUUCCUGAAGACGCACCAACUGGAACAGAUGUGUUAUUGGUAAAUGCUUCAGACGCUGAUGCUUCAGCAAAUGCAGUCAUAAGCUAUAGCAUCGUUGGAGGAAACGGUCAGUUCACCAUCAACCCAUCCACAGGACAAAUCAUCACGAGUGCGUUGCUAGACAGGGAAACAAAAGAUAACUACACGUUAGUAGUCGUCGCCAGUGACGCUGGGUCCCCAGAGUCUCUCUCCAGCUCCACCAGUGUGCUUGUCACUGUGACCGAUGUCAAUGACAAUCCACCAAGAUUUCAGCACCACCCAUAUGUCACACACAUCCCGUCUCCUACUCUUCCAGGUUCCUUUGUCUUUGCGGUUACAGUCACAGAUGCUGAUAUUGGACCCAAUUCUGAACUGCAUUAUUCUCUCUCAGGCAGAAACUCUGAUAAAUUUCACAUUGAUCCACUGAGGGGAGCAAUCAUGGCAUCCGGAACACUAAAUGGAGCCUCAGAGCUGACAUUUUCUGUACAUGUCAAAGACGGUGGUUUAUUUCCUAAGACAGACUCUACAACAGUGACUGUUAGGUUUGCAAGCAAGCCAGAUUUCCCUAAAGUCAGAGCCAAAGAACAAACAUUCAUGUUUCCUGAAAACCAGCCAGUAGGCACUCUCGUCACCACCAUUAUAGGGUCCUCUUUGAGAGGAGAAACUUUGUCCUAUUAUAUUGCAAGUGGGAACCUUGGCAAUUCCUUUCAGAUUGAUCAACUGACAGGACAAGUAUCCAUUAGUCAACCUUUGGAUUUUGAAAAGAUACAAAAAUAUGUAGUAUGGAUAGAAGCCAGAGAUGGAGGUUUCCCCCCAUUCUCUUCUUAUGAGAAACUUGACAUAACAGUAUUGGAUGUCAAUGACAAUUCCCCAAUUUUUAAAGAAGAUCCAUUUGUAUCUGAAGUAUUAGAAAACCUUUCUCCUCGAAAAAUACUUACUGUUUCAGCAAUGGAUAGGGACAGUGGACCAAAUGGACAGUUAGAUUAUGAAAUUGUUAAUGGAAACAAAGAAAAUAGUUUUAGUAUCAAUCACGCUACUGGUGAAAUUAGAAGCAUUCGACCAUUAGACAGAGAAAAAAUAUCUCAUUAUGUGCUUACCAUAAAAUCUUCAGACAAAGGUUCUCCAUCUCAGAGUACCUCAGUAAAAGUCAUCAUUAACAUUUUAGAUGAAAAUGAUAAUGCUCCUAGGUUUUCUCAAAUCUUUAGUGCACAUGUGCCUGAAAACUCUCCUUUGGGAUUCACAGUUACACGUGUCACAACUUCUGAUGAAGACAUUGGUGUAAAUGCAAUUAGUAGAUAUUCUAUAAUGGACACGAGUCUUCCAUUUAUAAUUAAUCCCAGCACAGGAGAUAUCAUUAUUAGUAGGCCUUUAAAUAGGGAAGAUACAGAUCGAUACAGAAUCCGAGUUUCUGCACAUGACUCUGGGUGGACUGUGAGCACAGAUGUAACAAUAUUUGUGACAGAUAUCAAUGACAAUGCCCCGAGGUUUAGUAGACCCUCUUAUUAUUUAGAUUGCCCUGAACUUAUGGAAACUGGCUCCAAGGUAACUCAGGUAUCUGCAACAGAUCCAGAUGAAGGAUCAAAUGGACAAGUAUUUUAUUUUAUAAAAUCUCAGUCAGAGUAUUUCAGGAUUAAUGCCACCACUGGAGAGAUUUUCAAUAAGCAAGUCUUAAAAUACCAAAAUGUCAGUGGCUUCAGUAAUGUGAACAUCAACAGGCAUAGUUUUAUAGUGACAUCUUCAGAUCGAGGCAAUCCUUCUCUACUCAGUGAGACAACGGUCACCAUCAACACAGUGGACAGUAAUGACAAUGCGCCUCAGUUCCCUAAAAGUAAAUAUUUCACUCCAGUCACAAAAAACGUUAAAGUUGGUACAAAGUUGAUCAAGGUGACUGCAGUAGAUGACAAGGACUUUGGGCUGAAUUCUGAAGUGGAAUAUUUCAUUUCUAAUGAAAAUCAUUUAGGAAAAUUUAAGUUGGACAAUGAUACAGGAUGGAUUUCAGUGGCAUCUUCCCUAAUUUCUGACUUGAAUCAAAACUUUUUGAUCACAGUCACAGCAAAGGAUAAAGGAAAUCCUCCACUUUCUUCCCAAACAACGGUCCAAAUAACUGUCACGGAGGAAAACUACCACACGCCUGAAUUUUCUCAAAACCACAUGAGUGCCACUAUUCCUGAGGGCCACAGCAUUGGGGCUGUGGUCAGAACUGUGUCAGCCAGAGAUCGUGAUGCAGCUAUGAAUGGUUUGAUUAGGUACAGCAUUUCUUCAGGAAAUGAAGAAGGCAUUUUUGCCAUCAAUUCUUCCACAGGUGUAUUAACGUUAGCCAAAGCUCUUGAUUACGAGCUAUGCCAGAAACACGAAAUGACUAUUAGUGCUACAGACGGAGGAUGGGUUGCAAGAACUGGUUACUGCAGUGUGACUGUAAAUGUGAUUGAUGUGAAUGACAAUUCUCCAGUAUUUGUUCCCGAUGAAUAUUUCCCUAGUGUUUUAGAAAAUGCCCCAAGUGGGACAACAGUUAUCCACCUAAAUGCAACAGAUGCAGACUCUGGAACUAAUGCUGUGAUUGCAUAUGCUGUUCAGUCAUCGGACAGCGACCUCUUUGUCAUUGACCCCAACACAGGAGUCGUCACCACUCAAGGCUUCUUGGAUUUUGAAACCAAGCAGAGUUACCAUCUUACUGUGAAAGCCUUCAAUGUCCCAGAUGAAGAAAGGUGUAGUUUUGCUACAGUUAAUAUACAAUUAAAGGGGACCAAUGAAUAUGUGCCUCGCUUUGUUUCCAAACUUUACUAUUUUGAAAUCUCAGAAGCAGCAACUAAAGGUACUAUUGUUGGAGAAGUGUUUGCCAGUGACCGUGAUUUGGGCACUGACGGGGAGGUGCACUAUUUGAUUUUUGGUAACAGUAGAAAGAAGGGCUUUCAGAUCAAUAAGAAGACCGGACAGAUUUAUGUUUCUGGUCUUCUUGAUAGAGAAAAGGAAGAAAGGGUAUCUUUGAAGGUGUUGGCCAAGAAUUUUGGCAGCAUUCGGGGUGCAGAUAUAGAUGAGGUCACUGUAAAUGUCACUGUGCUCGAUGCAAAUGACCCACCUGUUUUUAGUCUAAACAUCUAUAGGGUUCAGAUCAGUGAGGGAGUCCCAACAGGAACUCAUGUGACCUUCGUCAGUGCAUUUGAUUCUGACUCCAUCCCUAGCUGGAGCAGGUUUUCUUACUUCAUUGGAUCAGGGAAUGAAAAUGGUGCCUUCUCUAUCAAUCCACAGACAGGGCAAAUCACGGUCACUGCAGAAUUAGAUCGAGAAACAUUGCCUGUCUAUAAUCUCACAGUCUUGGCUGUUGAUUCCGGAACCCCCUCGGCUACAGGAAGUGCCUCCUUAUUAGUAACCCUGGAAGACAUAAAUGAUAAUGGGCCCAUGUUAACCAUCAGUGAAGGGGAAGUUACAGAAAAUCAACGCCCAGGAACGCUGGUGAUGACCCUCCAGUCCUCUGAUCCUGACCUCCCUCCAAACCAAGGCCCCUUUACUUAUCACCUGCUGAGCACAGGUCCUGCCACCAAUUAUUUUAGUCUGAAUGCUGCUGGAGUUCUAAGCACAACCAGAGAAAUAGACAGAGAGCAGAUUGCAGACUUCUAUCUGUCUGUGGUCACUAGAGACUCUGGUGUUCCUCAAAUGUCUUCCACAGGAACUGUGCACAUCACAGUCAAAGACCAAAAUGACAACCCUUCACAAUCUCGGACCGUGGAGAUAUUUGUUAAUUAUUAUGGAAGCUUGUUUCCUGGUGGGAUUUUAGGCUCUGUGAAGCCACAGGAUCCAGACGUGUUAGAUAGCUUCCACUGUUCCCUGACUUCUGGAGUUACAAGCCUCUUCAGUAUUCCAGGGGGCACUUGCAAUCUGAAUUCCCAGCCAAGGUCCACAGAUGGCACUUUUGAUCUAACCAUCCUUAGCAAUGAUGGAGUCCACAACACAGUUACAAAUAAUAUCCGAGUUUUUUUUGCUGGGUUUUCCAAUGUUACAGUGGACAAUAGCAUCUUACUUCGUGUUGGUGUACCAACAGUCAAGGACUUCUUGACUAAUCACUACCUUCAUUUCCUACGUAUUGCCAGUUCACAGCUAACAGGCCUCGGUACUGCAGUGCAACUUUAUGGUGCCUAUGAAGACAACAAUAGAACUUUUCUUUUGGCUGCUGUGAAGCGAAAUAGUAAUCAGUAUGUGAAUCCCAGUGGGGUAGCCACCUUCUUUGAAAGCAUCAAAGAGAUCCUUUUCCGGCAGAGUGGAGUCAAGAUAGAAUCUGUGGAUCAUGACGCGUGCGUCCACAGUCCGUGUCAGAAUGGAGGAAGCUGUGUUAGGAGACUGGCCGUGAGCUCCACGAUGCACAGCCAGGAAAGCCUUCCUGUUAUCAUUGUGGCAAAUGAACCUUUGCAGCCUUUCUUAUGCAAGUGUCUUCCAGGAUAUGCUGGUAGCUGGUGCGAAAUUGACAUAGAUGAAUGCUCUCCAGCCCCUUGCCACAAUGGGGGCACCUGCCACAAUUUAGUGGGAGGUUUUUCAUGCAGCUGUACAGAUGGCUUCACUGGGAGGGCCUGUGAGAGAGACAUCAAUGAGUGCCUGGCUACCCCUUGCAAGAAUGGGGCUGUCUGCCAGAAUUUUCCUGGAGGCUUCAACUGUGUUUGCAAAACUGGAUACACAGGGAAAAUGUGUGAGUCUUCAGUCAGUUACUGUGACUGCAACCCCUGCUUUAAUGGUGGCUCCUGCCAAAGUGGUGUGGAUUCAUAUUAUUGCCAUUGUCCAUUCGGUGUCUUUGGGAAACACUGCGAGUUGAACAGUUAUGGAUUUGAAGAAUUAUCAUAUAUGGAAUUUCCCAGUUUGGAUCCCAAUAACAAUUACAUUUAUGUCAAAUUUGCAACUAUCAAAAGUCAUGCGUUAUUGCUUUACAACUAUGACAACCAGACAGGUGACCGGGCUGAGUUUUUGGCCCUGGAAAUUGCUGAGGAAAGGCUAAGAUUCUCUUAUAAUUUAGGCAGUGGUACCUAUAAGCUCACCACCAUGAAGAAGGUGUCAGAUGGAUAUUUUCACACCGUGAUUGCGAGAAGAGCAGGAAUGGCAGCCUCCUUAACUGUGGACUCCUGUUCUGAGGACCAAGAACCAGGGCACUGUGCUGUCAGUAAUGUGGCUGUUUCAGAUGACUGGACUCUUGAUGUUCAGCCAAAUCGAGUCACCGUUGGUGGAAUCAGAUCCCUAGAGCCCAUCCUUCAGCGGAGGGGACACGUGGAAAGCCAUGACUUUGUGGGUUGUAUAAUGGAGUUUGCAGUCAAUGGAAGGCCCCUGGAGCCCAGCCAAGCACUGGCAUCUCAAGGCAUCCUAGAUCAGUGUCCUAGACGAGAAAGCGCUUGUACCCGCAACCCCUGCCAACAUGGCGGCACCUGUGUGGAUUUCUGGUCCUGGCAGCAAUGUCAUUGCAAAGAAGGCCUGACAGGAAAAUACUGUGAGAAAUCUCUUACCCCUGACACUGCCUUGUCAUUAGAAGGCAAAGGACGCCUAGACUAUCACAUGAGUCAGAAUGAGAAGCGGGAAUAUUUGUUAAGACAGAGCAUACGAGGUGCCAUGUUGGAGUCUUUUGGUGUGAACAGCCUGGAAGUAAAAUUCAGGACAAGAAGUGAGAAUGGCAUUUUAAUCCAUAUCCAAGAAAGCAGCAAUUACACUACUGUGAAGAUUAAGAACGGCAAAGUGCAUUUUACCUCUGAUGCAGGGAUUUCUGGCAAAGUGGAGAGAAAUAUUGCUGAAGUAUAUGUUGCAGAUGGCCACUGGCACACUUUCCUAAUGGGGAAAAAUGGAACAGCCACCAUAUUGUCCAUUGACAGAAUAUACAACAGAGAUAUCAUCCACCCUACUCAGGAUUUUGGUGGCCUUGAUGUGCUGACCAUAUCUCUUGGUGGAAUUCCACCCAAUCAGGCUCAUCGAGACGCUCAAACAGGCUUCAGCGGCUGCAUCGCCUGGGUGCUGUACGGAGGAGAUAGCCUCCCCUUCAGCGGGAAGCACAGCUUGGCCUCCAUCUCCAAAACCGACCCCUCGGUGAAGAUUGGCUGCCGUGGGCCCAACAUCUGUGCCAGCAACCCGUGCUGGGGCGACUUGCUGUGCAUCAAUCAGUGGUACGCGUACAAGUGCGUCCCUCCUGGCGACUGCGCCUCGCACCCGUGCCAGAACGGGGGCAGCUGUGAGCCAGGCCUGCACGCGGGCUUCUCUUGCAGCUGCCCGGAGUCGCACACCGGCAGGACCUGCGAGACCGUGGUGGCCUGUCUUGGCAUCUUGUGUCCCCAGGGGAAGGUGUGUAAGGCUGGCAGCCCCGGUGGGCACGUGUGCGUUCCGAGUCAGGGUCCUGAGGAGAUUUCCCUGCCCCUGUGGGCCGUGCCUGCCAUCGUGGGCAGCUGUGCCACCGUCCUGGCCCUCCUGGUCCUCAGCCUGAUUGUGUGUAACCAGUGCAGGGGCAAGAAAUCCAAAAGCCCCAAGGAAGAGAAGAAACCAAAAGAGAAGAAGAAAAAGGGCAGUGAGAAUGUCGCUUUUGAUGAUCCAGACAACAUCCCGCCCUAUGGGGACGACUUGACAGUGAGGAAGCAGCCUGAGGGGAACCCAAAACCAGACAUCAUUGAGAGGGAAAACCCCUACCUCAUCUAUGACGAGACCGACAUCCCCCACAACUCAGAAACCAUCCCCAGUGCGCCCCUGGCUUCCCCCGAGCAGGAGAUCGAGCACUAUGACAUCGACAAUGCCAGCAGCAUCGCCCCCUCUGACGCCGACAUCAUCCAGCACUACAAGCAAUUCCGCAGCCACACGCCCAAGUUUUCCAUCCAGAGGCAUAGUCCCCUGGGCUUUGCCAGGCAGUCCCCCAUGCCCUUGGGAGCAAGCAGCUUGACGUACCAGCCAGCCUAUGGCCAAGGUUUAAGAAGCAGCUCACUCAGCCACUCGGCCUGUCCCACACCCAACCCCCUGUCGCGACACAGCCCGGCCCCCUUCUCCAAGUCGUCCACCUUCUAUAGGAACAGCCCCGCAAGGGAACUGCAUCUUCCUCUGAGGGAUGGCAACACUUUGGAAAUGCACGGUGACACAUGCCAGUCUGGCAUGUUCAAUUACUCCACCAGGCUAGGGAGGAGAAGCAAGAGUCCUCAGGCCAUGGCUUCCCACGGUUCGAGACCAGGGAGUCGCCUAAAGCAGCCCAUCGGGCAGAUUCCUCUGGAGUCUUCUCCUCCAGUGGGACUCUCCAUUGAAGAGGUGGAGAGGCUCAACACCCCACGCCCCAGAAACCCCAGUAUCUGCAGUGCAGACCACGGGAGGUCUUCCUCAGAAGAGGACUGCAGAAGGCCACUGUCCAGAACCAGGAACCCAGCGGAUGGCAUCCCAGCUCCAGAAUCAUCUUCUGAUAGUGACUCCCAUGAGUCCUUCACCUGCUCAGAAAUGGAAUAUGACAGGGAGAAACCGAUGGUCUACACUUCCAGGAUGCCCAAAUUAUCUCAAGUCAAUGAAUCCGAUGCUGAUGAUGAAGAUAAUUAUGGGGCCAGACUGAAGCCUAGGAGGUACCAUGGCCGUAGGGCUGAGGGAGGACCUGUGGGCACGCAGGCAGCAGUGCCAGGGGCUGCAGACAGCACUCUGAAGCUUGGCCAGCAAGCGGGAAAUUUUAACUGGGACAACCUUUUGAACUGGGGGCCUGGUUUUGGCCACUAUGUAGAUGUGUUUAAAGACCUAGCAUCUCUUCCAGAAAAAGCAGCAGCAAAUGAAGAAAACAAAGGAGGGACGACUAAGCCAGUCCCCAAAGAUGGGGAAGCAGAGCAGUAUGUGUGACAGUCACCUACUGGCAGGAUGAAAAUACUAAAGCUAGAAAGAGUCAAGCCAUCUUGACUAGGUUGCCAACUAGUUUGGGUCACAUUUGCAAACCAGGCCAGUACAGUAAGAUUGUGGCAAACAUUAAAAAUAAUAACCACAAUGCUGCUGAAACAAACUCAAAACAACUCUUUAAUUUAAAUAUGCUUGGUUGAAUUGAUUUUCCUGCAUGCAUUGUAUUUUGCGACUAGUUAUGUGGCAUGCAACAUUUGGAAAGUUUUGCUUAUUUACCAGUGUUUGGUUUGUGAUUUUUGAAAUUAAUACCUUUACCAUUGCAGAAAUGAACUUGUGCUUUCAUGGUGGCGUGUGUAAUGUUUCCAUUGUAUUAUUAUAAUUAUGUUUUACAUUGCGAGAUCCUUGAGGUUUAGCCAAUCCUUGUAAAAUGUAGAAAAGAGCCUUUCUCUCCUUGAAUGAAAGACUAAGUACUAACAUUUUUUCAGAUCUAUAGAGUCCGUAUUCGAAGUUGCUCAGAAAUGGCUGCAUAUUUGCUCGUUUUACAUGACAGUGGGUACUAAAAUUAGGUCUUAUUGUUCAGCACUUUAAGGCUUUCUUACAAAAUUGUGUUGAAACUUCUGAAUCUUUUUGCAAAUUAUUGUGGCCUCCUGACUUUCCUCAGACUUCCACGAGGAACAAAAUGACUGCAUAUCACCCCAAGAUUACUGCCACCUUCCUACUGUGGAAUGCUUAGAGCAGCGCUUCUAAGAGACACUUGUAGAAGUUAUUUAUUGAAGAAAAUGUUCUAUGCUUUUCACAUUUUACUAUUUGAGAAGCAAAGCCUAAGAUUGGACUCAUUGUUCAUCCAUUCAACAUUUUCACCAAGUACCCCAUUUUUAUAAUUUAUGUAAAGUCAAAUUGCAACACUUCUUACUUUCUGUCAUUUUGUAGGUCAUUUUUUUAAUGCUGUGUAAAAACUUUUUUUUUUACACCUAAGCUGUGUUUUUGAUACUGAUAUUUUCCUAUGCUGAAUGGUUUUCUUACUUUCAGGGAAGGUAAGAAAGUACUUUUUCUACAUUUGUUACUUAUGUAACGUUCAUAUUUUUCACAUUUUGAUAUUUGUAACAUACUGUAUGCUUUCUACUUGUAAAUGCCGACAAUAGAAUUAAAUAUUUAUUUAAAAUA